AUGCUGGGCCACGUCCGCGGAGGAGCUGACAGGCAACGACGGUCCGAGUCCAAUGCUGCUCCUCCUCCGACAAAACUCUCUGCUCCCAUCUCAUCCUCCCAUGCUUCCCGAUCAACCGCGCAUCUCCCGACCAUCCAAGCCUCAGGCAAGAACGGAUACCUAGCCGCCGCUUCCGCUUCUGUGUCCUCCUCCAAGAACACAGCCUCUUCCGCUCUCGACCAUGCACCGUACAGCAGCAAGAAAUACAACGGCACCGGUUAUCAGUCAACUGAUUUAACAAGCGUUAGAAGAAUGGAUGCAGCACUCCAACAGGACCAGCAGUUACUACUGCAACACCAACAGCAGCUGCGACCACAUCAGGAAGAUGUGCGACAUCCCCGCCGUCACAGCAACUCCAACGGUCGACCUGAGAAUAACAGUAGCAGUGGUUCGAGCUCUAUCGUCUCGGGUGCAGAUGCAAAUUUUAGAGCGGGAAUGAAGCUGAUCCAGCAAGCAUACGAGGAAAAGCAUCAGUCGCUCAUUGAAGAGGUCAACACUUGGAAGUGGAUCUCCGAAGAGCAAAGUGCCCAGAUGACUGCCAUGGCAGCCGAGCUUGCCCGCGUUGAAGACAAGUACGCUGCCUUGCAGAAAGAGGCGAUUGUGUCAAUGGUGGACCAACACUCGGGCGUGUCCCUCGCAGAGCUAGAGCAAUCGAUCUUGGAGACAAUUGAAGCGGACACAGAAAACGCAGGCGCAGGGCUGGAUGCGGUUGCUGAUGCCGAUACGAGCUCGUUUAUUCUGGAUGGCGGCAUAGAGUCACCUCAAGCACCAUACCCCCAUCAGCAUCGAAGCCUCCACGAAGACUUCUCUAUGCGGGAGCAGAAACAUUCAUCCUCGGCCACAGCAAAAGGAUCACCCCAGGCCGGCUCAUCUCGUCCUCGAGCUUCCACUGAGACUUCGACAAAGAGGUCUGGCUCCAUCUCCCAUGUGACUGAAACCAGGACUCGCCACCAACCUAGCUCUACGUUACUUUCGCCUUCAGGGUUGAGCGGGACACGUGGAAGGGCACAGGUCUUGUCGGACAGCUCGCCGAAUGGACAGACAAAGAUGCACAAAUCAGACUCGACAGACAGUCUCCGUAAUAAGCGCAACACCAUUUCGACAACCUCCCGGUCUAUAUACCCUAAUACGCCUCUUUCGACCGGUAGCGCAAGCAAAAGACACUCCAGCACCACGUCGCCCCUGAACUCUCGUUCCAGAUCUGGCACCGCCUCGUCUCGAGUCGUACCGGCUUCUUCCUCAUUCUCGUCCAACUCGACCCCUUCGACUUCGCCACGACAGCCCACAACCCACUCCAGCGCCACCUCUGUGAUCACUCGGACGAUAAGGCAACAACAGCAGCAGAGGGAGUACAGCGCAAAUGUCCGGAACUCAAUGUCACAAAUGGCAACCCUUUCUGAAGGAGCGCCUUCGAAUGCCUCACACUUGGACUCAUUGGAUCGGAGACAGGCCAGCUCGGACUCGAAUGUUUCUGGAAAGACAAGUGACCUAGGAUCGACCAACAGACGGGGUCAGAGGCCACCCAGCUCUACGGCGCAUUCCUUCAGCGGCCUAUCCCCAGCAGCUACUGAGCUACUCAAGCAACAGGAGCGGCAGCAAAAGCAGGAAGAGGAAAAGAUCAAUCUACAGAAGAGUCCGCCUAGUUAUCUUCAGCAGCAGCAGCAGCAGGAAUUGCAUCAUCCAAGCGAGGAUGAGAACCGUAGGCGGUCGGCGGUCUAUUCUCAGUCACGAUCUCAUGUCAAGGACCGAUCUGUCCCAACACAUCAUCAGUCCCAGACACAACACUCGACAAAGUCUAACGAUACUACUAUGGACAGACAUCACUACCAGUCAAGUUACGAGUCUACGACACGCCAGCAGAGCAGACGACAGAGCGCAACGUCUGGUGACAAGUCCGGUACCCAUUCAUCAACAGCGGGCUCCAAUGGUCAUCAGUCGCAGCAGAGCAGCAGCGGCGUUGACGCCAAUGCGUUUACACUCCUCUACAAGGAAAUCAGGGAUUCCAUGGAUACUCAGUCCUUUGGAAUGUUUGCGCGUGUGGUGACGGCGUUCAACGAAGGAGAAAAGACCACGGACGAGACUCUGCAGGAGGUGAGUAUGAUUGUUCAGGACCGAGCACUGAAUCAGCGUUUCCGGGACUUGAUUCACAAGGCCAUUGCUGAGAAGGAGAGUCAACUAGAGAAUGGUGGAGCUAACGCGACCAUGGAUGGGGACGUGACGCUGGAGAUUGACCAUAGUCUGUUAUUGGACGAGGACGAGAACCGUAUUGAAGAAGGAGAUGAGGACUUGGCGGAGGACGAAAGAGACGAUGAUUUGAGAGACAGAAACGGAGACAUCGGAUUGGAUGAGCGAUUUCACGAGGGCAAUAAUAGUCUGGGCAGGAACGACUCUGGUCUGAGUGGUGGGAACGAAGAGGAAGAGUUAUUGAACCAUGCAAGGGACGGCGACUUGAACGAUCUUGAUGAUCCGGAUAAGAGCCGAUUGAGUAUUGAAGGACCGUCGUUAUUAAUUACAGAUGGGGAGGGACUGCAAGGGAUGGUGGAUUCAAGUAGGAGCGGUGAGUGGUCCGUUCUGUUCUUCGCCGGUUUGGAUCCCUCGGCCAUCCAGCCUCUUCUCCAGACGAUGCCUGUACAGAAUAACGUUAUCCUUGAUAGAAUCGCUUCCAGUGGAAUCAACUGCAACUAUCGCCCACCCUCAACCGCCUUCCCCUUUACAGCCACCCACUCUCCCAUUGCGUCUGGCACUGGCACUGGCACUGGUACAGGCUCAGCUAAUGGCACCGUAGUCUACUCUACCCUCACAUCGAUUAGCUACAUCGACACAACUCCACCCUCUAUGAACGAUCACACCACCUUCCCUCCAGCAACCUUUGACCACUCGUCAGCGUCAUCGACAUCAAUGAAUGGGAAUCAAGGGGUGACGACCAACCGGUUGAAUAUCGAGACCUCUCCAACCUCUCCCUAUUUUUCGUCUUCGACAUCGUCGUCGUACUCUCCUUCAUCUUAUCGUGAGUCAUCCUAUACUCCCUUUUCGACCGUCUCAGAACCUGGUCCUGAGGCCACCAUGUUUUUUCAUGCGGACCAUGAGAAGCAGCACCAGCAGUGCUUCUCCCACGACUUUACUACGACCAGCGCUACUACAACAGCAACUGCACACGACAACCAGGGCCAGAGCCAGGGACAGGGCUACCUCAAGCGCGACACGCCUCCGCACCAGCCAUUGUCGAUGCUUUCUUCUGUUGCUUCGCUCCUUCCGAAUAAUAAGCACCAGCAUGUCAACCAAGGGUCAGGCAGUAUUGUCAUCCCCACCAUGAUCCAGACACCCCGGCUUCGAACCCAGCAGCCAAUGCAUCCACCCCCGUCCGUCUGUCUCUCCCAGUCAUGGGGCGCUUCCGCCCAUACUCACGAUUUUGCUCCUCCUCCCUCCCCUGCACCUACCACCUCCAUUCCCCAUACUCCUCUACAGUCCUCAAGCUUCAUGUCUGUUCCUAUACCUCUGCAGUCCCCCUUCACCUGGUCCAUGCCCCUGUCCAUGCCCUCCCCCGCUCCUCUUUCUCCGAAUCCAAAGACAUAUUCGAAGAGCUCACCCAGCGGUGGCGCGCAUCCACUCGUGGCCACCAAUGUGCGCACGCUCCCAUCCAAUGCGUUUCCUCUCUCACCCAUCUCCUUAUCCUACUCGUCUUCGUCAUCCUCGUCGUCAAGACCUACAUCCACCACUCCAUCGUCAAGCCCCGUCCACUUCCCGACCUUCCGAAAACUCUCUUUCCCAUCAAGCGAUCACCUGCUUUCUUCAAGCCCUUAUGCUUUGCAUUCCAGCGCACCUCCACGAACUUCCAUCUCGCCUCCGUCCAUACCAACGUCGACCGAGCAGCAGCUCCGCCAGCUGUAUCAGUUCCACCAGCAGAACCAGUCGAUCUGCGAUUGCUCGUCUCCCAUGACACGCGAACUGUCGGCCUCUCUUCUAAUGAACCGCCAUGCAGAAUCGUUCAUGUUCCCAAGCGACAUUAGUGCCCCUGUCGUCACAAUCAGGGACAGGGAUUCCAGUCCUGACACCAACAAUGUCAAUCAGCACCUCUCCUCGGUAAAUGAUGAGAUCAAGUUGGAGGAUGCCGAGUACGACGAGAGGAUCAAGCUGGAGGAUGCUGAGCACGACGAGAUGGUCAACUUGGAGGAUGCCGAGCACGACGAUAAAGUCAUUUUGCAGGCCAUCGAGGCCGCACAAGAGCGCAUCAACCUGAGCCCCUCCCGCAAGAGAAUCCGUGGUCCCAAUGCUGGAGUCCGCCGAUCGGCUGCAGAGCUGGAUGGUGAGGAGUUUGCUGAUCGAGGUCUGGCCCGGAUACUCGUUUACGCGGAUGAUAAUCUCCGUGAGCUGGUUGCCCAACAGAAUGUCAUUAUCCGAGAGCCACAUGUCUAUGAUGCAGAUAUGAUGGAUCUCUACUGUCUAUCUCGAGGGGAUGGUGUCCAUGGCCGUCAUUUCCAUACAGGUGACAACUGUCUCAAGAACCAGAUGGGUUGUCACGUUGCCCUUGCAGUUCGAUAUGCCUACCAGAGCGAUCUUACCGAGACACACUUACUUUGGGUCAAUUGGAUCGACCGCAACGACAUCCCUAUCUCUAUCAUCAUGUCCUUUCCUGCAUGCACCAAUUUGAUCAUGCGCGCAUUGAAGGACGACCCAAGUAUGGGUGCACAAUAUCGAAUCCUUCGCAAACAAGGCUACUCGGACCCACCCAAGGCCUCCCCGCGCGAGUACGGUAAGAUUGCCAGUCUAAACCGGAUAUCGUGGUCGAUUGCCUUCCAAAACCAGAGCCACAUGACGACUCAGGCGAUGGGGUUCCUGCAGCGGGUCUCGCAGGCCUAUCAAGGUGCCAUGGGUUACCCCAGUCGUGGGAUGCUGAAGAAGCGAAAGAUGAGGGCUGUCGUUCGUGAAUCUGCAGCUUGGUAA